AUGGAGAGCUUGCGGCAGGUCUACCAUGACCAUCCUCGCAGAGUACUCUUCUUCGCUGCAGCGACACUCCGCAUCUCGCUUGCUAUAGCGUUUCCUGCCCUGCCGGAUCUUUUAACUGGCCGGGUGGAAAUAUCCUCGCCGGUAAACAGCUUCAAACGAUUACAGGAAGGUCUUUUCCUUUACGAUCGCGGUCUUGACCCGUACGAUGGCGGCAUAUUUCACCAGGCGCCCUUGUUUCUCCCCUUGUUCUCUCUAUUGCCGUCGUCGUCUUCAUGGCUAGGUCAGCUUUUGACGAUCAUCAUUUACACUCUGGUGGACAUAGUCUCGGCGAAUAGUCUAUUCCAGAUUGUCCAAGCCGAAGCUGCCGUCAGAUCGACAACGUUUUUGUCCCCGAGAGUUGCAAGGAGAUGGCAAGCUGCAUCAGUUUCCGCGGUCUAUCUGUUCAACCCCUUUACAGUCCUGGCCUGUCUGGGGCGGCCGACAACCGUCUUCACGAACUCGUUCACACUCAUCAGCAUAAACCAUGCAUGUCGCGGCAACAUCGCCACGACAGCUUUUGCCUUAGCUCUGGCGAGCUUCAUCAGUCUUCAUCCAUUACUAUUACUGCCUCCAGUGGCAAUGCUUUGCUAUGACGGAUAUUGCCAAAAGGUUCUUUUUUCUCAGGCGCCAGCAAGAGGCGAUGGGAAUGCACCACCUGCAGGAUCAGGCAAAGUUACAUUCGACCGCCGAAGCCUUCCUCCGUUGUUGCCGUUCCUCCUCAUUCUGACAAUGGUGUUUGGCUCCAUCCUGGCCAUGCUGCUCGGGCUUUCGCGCCUGUUUCUCCCGUCAUGGAACUUUGUACCUGCGGUUUUCAUGACCCCUCUGACGCUGCCCGACUUGACCCCCAACCCAGGCCUUUGGUGGUACUUUUUCAUUGAGAUGUUCGAUGCAUUCCGAGAAUUCUUCCUGGGCGUAUUCUGGCUUCACAUGUUAUCGUAUAGCGUUCCAUUCGCCUUGCGGUUCCGUCGUCAGCCACUCGCUGGCGUGUUGCUGAUGACAGGGGUCAUUGCUGUCUUCCAGCCGUACGCAAACGCCGGCGAUGUGGGUGCAUGGCUGAGCGCUCUUUGCCUACUAGGCCAUGUUUUCGAACUCACCUCGACUUACCGAUACAGCUUUCCAGCUCUUGCAGCAUUGCUCUACGCCACCUUGCUCGGACCAGCCUUCCACCAUCUCUGGAUCUACGCUGGCUCUGGGAAUGCCAAUUUCUUCUAUGCCAUCACAUUGGUCUGGAAUUUGGCAUUGUUGAUCUUGCUGACUGAUACUAUAUAUGCCGUGCUACGCGAUGAGUGGGAGUUAGAUCGCCCUGAGGGCAAGGGAAAGGAAGUGCGCCAGAUGUAA